AUGAAGUCAGCGAAUAGCAGAGACGGUGCAGGGGAGGCAGCACCCGGAAGUACACAGUCUCAACAGAAAGGCUCACCGAAGACCCAGAAGAAAGCUAAACCCUCAGCGCAACCGCUGCGAAGGUCCCGUCGGAUUAUCAGUAACAAGACAGACGGCAUCGUGGCUGGUAGUAGUGUGGUGGAUGUAGUAGAGAUCUCUGAGGAUGCUCCAUCUAUAAAUAGCGCUGUAAUAGUAUCGACAGGUGCAGUUGAGGAUGCGCAAUCGAGCGACGACUCUGAUGUGCCACUAACUAAGAGUCGGCGGCGCUCUAUAGUGAAUGUGAUUGUAAUAGAGAGUUCCUCCGAUGAAGCCGAUGACACACGUGGGGUCUGUGACAACGGUUCAAAAGUAACCAAUGUAUGUCAAGAGGAUAGGGAGCUAAGAAGCAAAUCGGAUAGCAUUGUAGUGAGUGGUGUAGAUGCCAAGAGUGCAGGUGAGAGAGACGCGCACAGUGGUAGUGCCGCGGAUAAUGGCGUGUCUAUGGCUGAGAAUGGCGUGUCUGACGAUGACUCUGGUGGACUCGGAAGCAGACGCAGGGCUGGACAAAUAAAGAGGAAUAGAUUGGAAAGCUCAUCCGGGGAGUCUGCGGUUGUAAGCGAUGCUGUAGUGAUUACUGGUGAGGAAAUCAGCAAUGGAGUGAGUACAGGGAAAGCGACUGCAAAGCGGCAGGGCAAGAGAACGCGACAGAUAAGACAUCAGAUAGACAUUUCAUCGGAGGAAGCGGAAAGUGUGAGCGAUACCAACAUGGCAAAUGGUCACAAAAUAAGCAAAAGCGCUGGAGAGGCGGUAAACGCAGACGGAAUGAGUCAGAGGAUAGUGAUUAUAUGCCGUCGCUGGAGAGUAUUGCCAAAUUACCGCGUGGAUUAA